GAGACAGACAUUUUGGUGUGUCUCACAGAAAAAUGAGAAGUCAGGUAAAGGGUGGAGGUGUAUGACUUCAUCUUUUUCUUUUUUUUAUCUUCAGGUAAGCCGCAUUUAAGGAAGUUGCCUAGUAAUAAAUACACAUUCCAUACAAGCAAGUUCUCUUUCACACAAACACACCCCUUUACAGAUGUCUACAGUCCUCAGUCUAAGUUUGACAACACUUUAUGGUUGAUCUGACAUAAGUCUUGGUCUCCUGAAGUCCAAUGAAGAAACAUGGAUAAUAAAAAGACGGUGCAUUUUCCUCAGCUCAGUAAUGAAAUGCAGCUGAAUCUCAUGGACAUGGUGAAGUCGGGGAAACUGAGUAUCGAUGAAGCUGUAAAUCAGGCAAGAAGUGGCACGAUACAGAUGCAGAGGAACUUAGACCUCGAGGAAGAACAGCCGUCACAGUAUAACUUCAGUGUUCGCAAGUUCAACCGCUACAUAUGGCAGAAACGAGUGCUGCAGAUUGAUUUCAGCACAAACCUAAUGUGCAGCAUCGAGAAAGGCAUUGUGAAACGGCAGCUCCUGUUUUCUGAUGUGAAAAACUGCCAUGAAGCUACAGGUACCAGGUUCUCCAUUUCGUUCAGAGGUCGGCCUGACUAUGAACUGGAAGCGGCAUCUUUAGAGGACAAGCAGAAGAUCAUGCUGCUGGUAAAUCAGAUCAUCUACAGUAACAUAUACAGCCCUCCUGUGAACGGCUCUGUUGAAAGGAAAACCUCACACUUAUCUCCAGACAACCUCAAAGAGGGUCAGCUUUUACUCCAGAGAGGAGGACUGGCAUCAUUCAAAUGGAAAAAAUAUGAAGCUCAUCUUCAGACUGGUCAGCUGACCUUGUGGUCUGUUGCUCAGCAAUCUGCCAGCAGUGAUGCAGAUGAGUUUGCUUCAUCCAGCGAGACUAUCUGGAAUCUCUCCGACAUUUACGACAGUGUGGGUGAUAACAGGUGUGCUGGAGGUGAUGGGACAGCUGUUAUCAUCCAUCUCUCAGACGGUAAAGUCAGGGUGGAGUCCUUCUGCACCACCGACACCUUCAUGCUGAUCAACGACAAGAAUGACUUCCUGUUCCGAAUACCAAGAAGCGACCAUAUGACUUCAGAGGCAAUAAAAUAUGAGCGAGACGCCUGGGUAAAAGCAAUCAGACAAAUAUGUGUGGACUGGAAACGAAAGUCACAACAUGAAAACUUCUACGAAGCCCCUGAAACUGCUCUCACUGACGAUACAAAGUCAGAAAGUAAGACACAGAACAACCUCAUGCCGCUCACACCUCCACCGGUGCCACCUUCAGCAAGACCACGCUUGCCCAAAACAUCCCCAGCUGAGCCUGUAGUAUAA